AAUAGCGCCAGUGCGCAUGCGCCAUCCGCACCGUUUACUGUAUAAUCACAGUGGGGGGAAAAGAGCAGGCAACAAAACUAAACCUUUUUUUACGGCAAAGUGACGGCUGCCAUGUAAAUAACCGCCAGGGAAACAAAGGGGGGAUAUCAACAGGAAUCCUUUUAGGUGUGAUGAGACAAAAGAACAAAGGAUGUCUUAGAAGAGAGGCAGCGACGAACAAGGCUGGAACCUGCUUCAAAGCACACCAGAUGGAUCUAUCGCUUCCUCUCCAUCCAGAUCAUGAUACUUGGCUAAAGCUUUAAGCAUUCUCUAUGAUCCCUUCUCCAUCUAUGGCGAACUACAGCCAUGCAGGGGACCACAACAUCUUGCAGAAUGUCUCUCCGCUCGCCACUUUCCUUAAACUGACCUCCCUGGGUUUCAUCAUCGGCGUCGGCGUAGUCGGAAACCUCCUGAUCUCCAUCCUGCUGGUCAAAGACAAAAGCCUUCAUCGAGCGCCCUACUACUUCCUGCUGGACCUCUGCGCUUCGGACAUCCUCCGCUCAGCCAUCUGCUUCCCCUUCGUGUUCACCUCCGUCAAGAAUGGCUCAGCCUGGACGUACGGCACGCUGACCUGCAAAGUGAUCGCCUUCUUGGGCGUGCUCUCCUGUUUCCACACUGCCUUCAUGCUGUUCUGUGUUAGCGUGACGCGGUACCUGGCCAUCGCCCACCACCGCUUUUACACCAAGCGGCUGACCUUCUGGACAUGCCUGGCCGUCAUAUGCAUGGUGUGGACCCUGUCGGUAGCCAUGGCGUUCCCUCCGGUGCUGGACGUGGGCACGUACUCCUUCAUCCGCGAGGAGGACCAGUGCACCUUCCAGCACCGCUCCUUCCGCGCAAAUGACUCAUUGGGCUUCAUGCUGCUGCUUGCACUCAUCCUCUUGGCCACCCAGCUUGUCUACCUCAAGCUCAUAUUUUUUGUCCACGACCGCCGAAAGAUGAAGCCGGUGCAGUUCGUGCCCGCCGUCAGCCAGAACUGGACGUUCCACGGCCCAGGGGCAAGCGGCCAGGCCGCGGCGAACUGGCUGGCCGGCUUCGGCCGGGGCCCCACGCCUCCGACCCUGCUGGGAAUCCGGCAGAACAGUAAUGCGGCGGGCCGCAGACGUCUGCUGGUGCUGGACGAGUUUAAGACUGAAAAGAGGAUAAGCAGGAUGUUCUACAUCAUUACCUUCUUCUUCCUGAGCCUGUGGGGACCCUACCUGGUAGCCUGCUACUGGAGGGUGUUCGCCCGAGGCCCAGUGAUCCCGGGAGGCUACCUGACGGCGGCCGUGUGGAUGAGCUUCGCCCAAGCGGGAGUCAACCCCUUCAUCUGCAUCUUCUCCAACCGGGAGCUCCGGCGAUGCUUCAGCACCACGCUCCUCUACUGCAGAAAAUCCAGGUUACCGAGGGAACCCUACUGUGUUAUAUGAAGAUUCGGUGGCGUUUC